CCAUUUCUUCCAAAAGACCCGCGCAGCUGGUCGCGGGAGCACGUGUCGCUGUGGCUGCAGCAGAUGCAGGCGCAGCACGGCCUGCCGCAUGUGGCUGCGGACCGCUUCCUGAUGAACGGCAAGGCGCUCUGCCUCAUGACCGUCGACAUGUUCCUCGGCCGCGUGCCGCUGGGCGGCAAGCUGCUCUACAAGGAUUUCCAGCUGCGCCUCGGCCGCGCCAUGCACUCCUGCAGCUGA